AUGGGUGCAUUAAAAAGCGAAAUGGACUCUUUGAACAGUAAUAGCACUAAAGAAAAAUUACAUGCUGAUCCAAUUGACAUUAAUACAUCUCUAUCAUCUUUAGCAGCAACACCCAUUUCUUUUGAUAGUAUUCUACAAAAAUGUGGUCAUUUUGGUCGAUUUCAAUUUAUACAUUAUUUCUUUAUUAAUCUCAUUUCUAUGAGUGCUGCAGUUGCUGGCUUUUAUUAUGUCUUCGCUGUUGCUGAUCCUGAUCAUCGAUGUCGGUUACCAGCAAGUGUAUGGCCUAAUGAUACACAAUAUAAUCCAAUCAAUGCAACAUAUCAAACAAUGAUUGAUAUGUAUAUACCAAAAACAAAAGAUGGAAAAAAAUGGGAACAAUGUGUACUUUAUCCAACUGGAAGUUCUAAUGAUACCCUUAUCAAUUGUCCAAAUGGAUGGGUUUAUGAUCAAUCAAUAUUUGGAUAUACAUAUACUGAAGAAGCAAAUCUUGUCUGUGCUAGUAAACCAAAACAGAGUUGGAUAGCUACUCUAAUGCAAUGUGGUGGUUUUGCAUUACUUAUUAUUGGUACAUUUGCUGACAGAUUUGGUAGAAAAACAACAACUUCUUUCGUUACUAUUUUUCUCUUUCUAACAUGUUUGACUACUCAAAUAAUAAUGCAAUGGAUACCCAUGACAGUAGAAAUGAAAUUUGCUCUUCUAUUGUUAAAUCAAUUUGCAUCUGGUCUUAGUGCUGCUGCAUUCAGUCUAAUAUUUAUUCUAGGUCUUGAAUUAACAUCAUCAUCGCAUACAAGUUUAGCUGGAAAUGCUGCACUUGUUUCAUUUACAAUAGGUGAAUGUAUUGUUACUUUAUUUGCUUAUUUAGCAAAAGAUUGGCAAAUACUUAAAUGGGCUGAUACAGCUUUUAUUGGUUUAGUUAUGCCUUAUCUUUAUUUUAUGCCUGAAUCACCAUUGUAUAUCUAUUCUAAACGACAAUAUGUUCAACUUGAAAGACUUUUACGACGAAUAGCAACUACAAAUAAACGAAAAGAAGAAGAUUGGUAUCCUGUUUAUCAAGAAUUUCUAAAAAAUCAAUCAUCUAAGUUAUUACAUGUUAAUGAAUUAACAUUUUCUCAAAAAGCACAUAGAAUUCUUACACAUCGACCGACUGUUGUUAAAUUGUUAACUACUGCUUUACUUGGUUUUACAACACUGAUGCUUUAUAUAAAAAUAAGUUAUGGUUUAGCUGUAAUGAGCAUUUCACCAUAUCUAGGGAUAUUAAUAGGUGCUGCUGUUGAAGCAGCUGGAUAUAUAGCAGGUUCUUUACUUAUAUCAACAAGACUUGCUCGGAAAGGUUCAUUUAUUCUUAUGGCAAUUCUAACAAUUAUUUCUGUUAUUCUUAUACCAAUUAUUUUGAAACAUAGUUCAAUUGCAACUGUAUUUAUUGCACAAUUUGGAAAAUUUGCCAUAUCAGGUGCGAUUGCUGUAUCAUGGAUAUAUGUACCUGAACUUUUUCCAACAUCAAUUCGAAGUAGUGCCAAUGGAUUUUUUAUUGCAUUUAGUCGUAUUGGUGCUAUUGUUGCACCAAUUAUUAAUGCAUCUGUUAGUAAUGAAUAUCUACCUUAUACAUUUUAUGCAUCAGCAGGUUUAGCUGUUAUUGUUGUUUUAUUAACAUUAGUCCUACCGGAAACAAAAUAUAAACAAUUGGAUGAAGAAGAAGAUUAUACAACAAAUAAAAAUAGUGCUGCUUAA